CUCUCUGUCUCUCUCUCUCUCAGUUGAGUGUAGACUAGUAUGAGCCUGCCUGCCUGGCUGCUCCCUCCCCCCUUCCCAUUCCACCAAUUCCUCCUCCCCACCACGACGAUGAGGUGAGGUGACUGGGUUCGCCGCCGACGACGCCGACGAGCCUGGUCCCAUACAUCUCCGCCCUCUCGUCUUCCUCAUCCGCAACAGCAGAAGGAGAAGGAGAUGGAGGACGGCGGCAAGGCGGCAGCCGGCCUGGGCACCCUGCGCGCUGUGCUCGCCAUCCUCCAGUGGUGGGGCUUCAACGUCACCGUCAUCAUCAUGAACAAGUGGAUCUUCCAGAAACUGGAUUUCAAGUUUCCUCUCACCGUGUCCUGCGUCCACUUCAUAUGCUCUUCAAUUGGUGCAUAUGUUGCAAUCCAUGUGCUUAAGGCCAAACCACUGAUUGAAGUUGAACCGGAGGACCGUUGGAAAAGGAUAUUUCCAAUGUCAUUUGUUUUCUGCAUAAAUAUUGUGCUGGGAAAUGUGAGCCUGCGCUACAUUCCAGUCUCCUUCAUGCAGACGAUCAAAUCUUUCACACCUGCAACCACAGUUAUUCUGCAGUGGCUAGUUUGGAGCAAGCAUUUUGAAUGGCGCAUAUGGGCUUCCCUGGUCCCUAUAGUUGGGGGCAUACUCCUAACUUCGGUAACAGAGCUCAGCUUCAACAUUUUUGGUUUCUGCGCUGCCAUGGUUGGCUGCCUGGCUACAUCUACAAAGACCAUCUUGGCAGAGUCCCUACUCCAUGGAUACAAAUUUGACAGCAUUAACACAGUGUACUAUAUGGCGCCCUUUGCCACCAUGAUACUGGCUCUACCAGCAAUGUUGCUGGAAGGAGGUGGCGUGAUCAACUGGUUCUACACACACGAUUCAAUUGUUCCUGCGCUGGUCAUCAUCCUAGGUUCAGGGGUGCUUGCUUUUUGCCUUAACUUCUCCAUCUUCUACGUGAUCCAUUCAACUACAGCAGUGACUUUCAAUGUUGCUGGAAACCUUAAAGUCGCGGUGGCAGUAUUAGUGUCAUGGUUGAUCUUCCGGAACCCGAUCUCUGCAAUGAAUGCAAUUGGAUGUGGAAUCACUCUGGUUGGCUGCACUUUCUAUGGCUACGUUAGGCAUCUAAUAUCUCAACGGCAGGCUGCGGCUCCAGGGAACUUGCCCAGAAAUCAGAUGGAGAUGCUUCCCCUUGUGGACGACAAGCAAGAAAAGGUUUAGCAAGUUGGCGAUUAUGCAGCGGAAGAGGUACAUUACAGAAAGAUGGUAUGCCCAGAGAAGACUGACAAUGGUUAUAGGAAAGUUGCUGGGCUCAAGGCUGCAUAAGUUAGGGCUCACAAGAGUAUAUAUAUACUCAUGCAUCGGUGGGCGGCUGGUCAGAGACUCGUGUAAUUGGGCAUUCUUAUAGCAUCAUUGUCGUCUCAUUUGCUUUGGUAUAUUAGUCUCCAGUAUCAAAACUGAAUUCGUUAUUAGGAAGGCUGAUUUGCUGUGGCCUAGAAUUUGUCAGCUGAUGUGGUCCAAAGCUGUUCCCUGCUCGUUGUCUUGAGGCUGCGCUCAAUUUGCUGUGCCCUCAAUAGCAUGGCUGCCUGUUAGAAUGCUAGAUCCUGCAGCAUUGUUCCAAAGCUGGCAUUGCCCAUUGCCAUGUCCCGUAGCGUUGUUUGCAUGGCUUACAGAUAGACAUGAGUCAGGUGGGAUUGAUAUAAAUCAUGUUUUAACUGGGAAAUUACAUGUAUUGUGGUUGUGGA